AUAUAAGCACUGGCGGAGCGUCGGUUGUAGCACUUUGCGCGUCUGCUCUUCCGCUUUUCAGUUCCUCUUGCUUCCCGCGCAGCCGCCACCAUGAGGGAGAUCGUGCACCUGCAAGCCGGGCAGUGCGGCAACCAGAUCGGCGCCAAGUUCUGGGAGGUGAUCAGCGACGAGCAUGGCAUCGAUCCUACCGGCACGUACCACGGGGACAGCGAUCUGCAGUUGGAGCGCAUCAAUGUGUACUACAACGAGGCCACCGGUGGCAAGUACGUGCCCCGCGCUGUGCUCGUGGACCUGGAGCCUGGCACCAUGGACUCGGUGCGCUCGGGCCCUUUUGGGCAGAUCUUCAGGCCAGACAACUUCGUUUUCGGUCAGAGUGGUGCUGGGAACAACUGGGCCAAGGGGCACUACACAGAAGGCGCUGAGCUGGUGGACUCUGUGCUGGAUGUUGUGAGGAAGGAGGCAGAGAGCUGUGACUGCCUGCAGGGUUUCCAGCUUACCCACUCCCUGGGUGGGGGGACUGGUUCUGGGAUGGGUACCCUCCUCAUCAGCAAGAUCCGGGAAGAAUACCCAGACAGGAUCAUGAACACAUUCAGUGUGGUGCCCUCCCCUAAAGUGUCGGACACAGUGGUUGAGCCCUACAAUGCCACUCUCUCAGUCCACCAGCUUGUAGAAAAUACAGAUGAAACCUAUUGCAUUGAUAAUGAAGCCCUCUAUGACAUUUGCUUCAGAACCCUAAAGCUGACUACACCUACUUAUGGUGACCUUAACCACCUGGUGUCUGCCACCAUGAGUGGGGUCACCACCUGCCUGCGCUUUCCAGGACAGCUUAAUGCUGACCUUAGGAAGCUGGCUGUGAACAUGGUGCCCUUUCCCCGCCUGCACUUUUUCAUGCCUGGCUUUGCCCCCCUGACCAGCAGGGGUAGCCAGCAGUACCGUGCCCUGACGGUGCCUGAGCUCACCCAGCAGAUGUUUGAUGCCAAGAACAUGAUGGCCGCCUGCGACCCCCGCCAUGGCCGCUACCUAACAGUGGCUGCUGUGUUCAGGGGCCGCAUGUCCAUGAAGGAGGUGGAUGAACAGAUGCUUAAUGUCCAGAACAAGAACAGCAGCUAUUUUGUGGAAUGGAUCCCCAACAAUGUGAAAACAGCUGUCUGUGACAUUCCGCCCCGGGGGCUAAAAAUGUCUGCCACCUUCAUUGGCAACAGCACCGCCAUCCAGGAGCUGUUCAAGCGCAUCUCGGAGCAGUUCACUGCCAUGUUCCGGCGCAAGGCCUUCCUGCACUGGUACACAGGUGAGGGCAUGGACGAGAUGGAGUUCACUGAAGCUGAGAGCAAUAUGAAUGACCUGGUGUCUGAGUACCAGCAGUACCAGGACGCCACGGCGGAGGAGGAGGGCGAAUUUGAGGAGGAGGCUGAGGAGGAGGUGGCCUAGAGCUGUCUGUCACGGGUAAAGUGUGGAAGCAGUGUGAACUCUUUAUUCAUUCAGCUGUUCUGCAGGCCAUAUCUCACUGUGCACUUGCUGUCCAUCUGUCCUAACAUCACAUGCUGUACAGACAUCACCAUUAAAGCAUUUUCAGUGUG